ACUGGACAUUAAAAGCUUCACACAUGUGAUCUAAUAGCCCUGAAUUCCUUUAGAAAUCUUAUAGGUCAGUGCUUAUAUGGGUGCAAUAAGAUACAGGAAGAUCUGUGAUUUACUGUGGGUGGUGAGGGGUUUCCUGCGCUCAGACAAAACCAACAAUUAUAUUUGUUAUUGCUUGUUAUCUCAUGUAUUGAUUUGUCUUUUGAUUUAGGCGAGCCCCUGCCCUCCGACAGUAACAUAAUAGCAGCCGAGGGGGGGAUUCAUGAUGGCUUCCCCGGUUUGAUAGAGAGUGUGGGUGUUGCAGUGGGACGAGCUGAGCUGCUGUCUACGUGGUCGCGCAUAUCAAUGCACCAACUCGGGGAAUCUCGUCCUGCUCGAGCCAUAUUAGGACACACUUCCUGCCGAUAAACCCCCGCUACGUCACCGAGCGGGUCUGAAGUGCAACACUUGGCAGCUUCAAAGGGAAGUCUGCAUUAAGGAGCGUCUCCACAUUUCUGCAGCAUUCCACUUUUUUUUUUUUCUUACCUGAAAACCCACUUCACUUCACAUCCCAUUUUUCAAGACAAAUUUGAUAAAACCACUAGAAAAGCAUAAUGUGUAAGGCUUAUAUUUUAGGACAGCAUUUACUGGUAUCACAUGAAAGCUAUAUUUAAGGAAUAUUAUACGGAAUAUCACCUGUGGAAUAUCCAGGUUUUAUACAUAAUCAUAAUAAUAUUCAGAUUUCCCCAUUUAAAACACUAAACUGUGAUGGAUUCGUAUUUUUUCACCUCAGACUCACGUCUUUUAUUCAGUUAGUUCACAUACUGUACAUGUGCAUUUGUACUAAUACUAUAAGUAUAGUAUUGCACCAUUAUCCACUCGUUUGUCGCUGGUGUAUCGAUUUUUGCCAACAGUGGGAACAACAGUGGAGGAGGAAAUCGUGUUUAACAGGACUGCGGAGUAUCCCUUUGUAUGUAUGUGUGUGUGUGUUUUUGUUUUAUUAUUAAUCACGCCAACACACAAUCCAGGCACCCUGUGGAUCUCCACAGCUCUACCCAGACAAUGUGUGAGAGAGAGCAGUACAGUAUGAGAUGUGGGAGUACAUGAGCCACGUCGGUGUGAGUGGAGGAGGUGGUGAUGAUGAUGAUGAUGAUGAUGAUGGAUGGUGGUGGUGGUGGAAUUCACAGCAUAAAGAUGAAAAGUGUGUCGUGAUGCUGGGCUCAAUUGGUUGAUGCACCUGACUUCUGAGAGCUAGGUCCCGGGGAUGACUCAGUGAAUGACAAAGAGACUCUUUGAACUGCCUUACGUAUACUGCUGGAUGCAUGCAUGUGUGCAGGAGCAUGGCUAUAAGACAAGUCAUGGACCCUUUUCUAACCAGGGCACCCGGAGCCCCCUUUGCAUUCAAAUUUCCACACUAUUAUUACCGACCCAAACUUCCAAACAUUAAUUUACUGAGAAAACUGGGACUGUUGCUAAACACAGUAUGCACAUUUGUGCUUGUAUAACACUAUAACUUCGACUCAAGGUCAGCUCUCUCAUUUUUAUCUAAGCUUCUAAGCUACAGCUACUGAGGAGUUUUGCAGUAAUUAGUCAGCACCUUGCCACAUAUAUAGACUGAAAAACCUUCUCUGAGCUGUUUCACAUUAGCAGAUCAACUCUGUUUGACAGCGCUGACAUGUGAUUAGGGCAGCACUUCAUCACAGUCAGUGACACAUUUGAGGUGACAAUAGACUGUUGACGUACAGGCUGUGGACUGCACAUAGUUGCAUGGGCUCUGACACGACUAACGUCACUGUGUGUUUUAUAAUCAUUCGCACCUACAGUAUAUUUAGAGCUGUCUUAACUGGUUUGGACCACUUGAUACACAUAUUAAUGACACAUCCCUAAUCAAAAUGAGAACCCUGAUAGUGCUGAUAAACUGUCUAAAUCAGACCUUUUCACAGUGGACUCCUGUUAAUGAUCUUUGUUUGACUUUUUGGAGAAAUUAGUUCUUACUGGUUCUGAUUAGUUUGGUUAAUGAGUGAUUUUUCUUUUUUGGGUUGUUUAAUUGUAAAGGUAUGUAGAGGCCUAGUGACCUUACAACAGUAUAUGACAAGAAAAAAGAAAAAAGUCAGAAAAAAUAAAGUAUUUUGUAAUAGGAGUACAUUUUUAGCCAUGGUAGCAGUGUGGCUUGAAAUGUUGGUGUGUCACUCAGUCCACCAGUUUGAUCUUAAAUAAUAUAAAUAUAACAAUUAUUGGAUGGAUCGUCAUUAAAUUUGGCACAGACAGUCCCUAGGGGAUAGAUUGCAAAAACUUUGAUCUCCUGGUGUUUCAUCAGGCUGGGAACCAUACUCCUAGAAUAAACACCCAUCAAAAUGAUUGAUAGAAAAGUAUAAAAUAUUGCUAAAGAUGCACCUGAUGGCUUUAGUGCAAACAUGUGCACUAACUUAAACAUGAGCUGUAUGUAAGGACAUAGAUGUAAAUGCAAACGUGUGUGUCUGCGCUGCCUGCUGAGGUAAACAGGUGUCAGUCCGUCCAAAGCUGGUGUGUAUUUCAGGAGGGUUGAGGUGGGCCAAUUGGUUGCCAGGAAACCAAGUUUGGGUGUCGCUCAUGUUACACAGAUCCCUGUGUCCUCUGUCUUUCUCUCUUUCUCUCUACAUCCUAACCAGGAGCUGUAUCUCUAUCUACAGCCAUUGGAUACCCUUUUACAGGACUCACCAAGGCAUUUUAUUAACUUUUUUGUUGAUAGAAAUUCAACUCAAAUCACCAACGUUUCCAGCUGUCUUUUGCAGGUGUUGGUGCUCUGUGGCUUUCAGGAUGCAGCAAUUGGUACUUAAGGUCCUAUGUUCCACACUGCUGCUUCUAGCAGUGGUGCCCGCUGUGUACUUACAGUCAGAUUGUUCUCAAGCAGAGUCAUGUGACCUGUGUGUUGGUGACUCCAUGCUCAACCUGACAGGCUGUGUCUGGAGGCUUUGUCCAGAUGGUAAUGAUACAGGCAGGUGUAUGACUGAUCAGGGGGACUCAGCAGACAACGGCAUGAACUGUAGCUGGACCAGAGUGUCUGAACUGUGCACAGUUGUGGAGACUGUAGCUGAUGGAGGAGGUCAAGGUGACUCAGGUGAUGGCAGCAGCACCAAAUCAUCCCCAGAAUUCUCCCAGGCCAAGUUUGACAUGUCCAGCUUCAUCGGAGGCAUCAUACUGGUGCUGUGUCUGCAGGCAGGUGGCUUCUUUGCCAUGCGCUUCCUCAAAUCCAAAGAGCAGAGCAGCUAUGACCCCAUAGAGCAGCCACAAUGAAGACAAGAUGUGUGAAGGACAAGCAGAUGAGAGUGGAGGACAGCAGAGCAGUGACUCAUCAGCUUGUGACGACAAUAAUUUUUUUUUCUUUUUUCUGAGCCCCAGUCAUUUUUGGUUUUGUCCCCAUGUGUCUCCCUGAGGGUUGGGUGUGUUUAUUAUAGGAUAUUUUUCUCAGAUUACUGCAUAGCACCAUAUUUAUAUUCCAGAGAAAUUUUGGCUGUUAUUAUCACACAGAUGAGAAACAAAGAUGGCUCUGACUGUUUCAGCGAUUAUCUACAAAACUCAACACAAAUCCUCAUCAGAACUGAUUUAACUAGUUAAAGGUUUGUGCUCUCGCAAACAACAAGUAACUGGCUGUAUCAAAUGAGCAGUUUGAACUGUGUAAACAGUACAGAGCAGUUAUGGGAAAGGCUGAUAUAAUCCCAUGUAGACAGUAGGUCAGACAAGGUCAUUACAGGCAUUUUGAACUUUUUUCCAGAACACUAAAAUAGACCAAUAUGAGACUCUGGAACUGGAUUUUGUUGAUCAUGUAGGAAUACUUCUGUAUGUCAAAUUGCAUUGCAAAAACUUUCUGGUAUUUUAUUGAAACAAAAAAAUUAAAGUCUUGAUAUAUAUGUAUCUUAUAUAUUUAUUUUAUGUAUUAACCUCUAGUGAGUGAAACAGAGAGGUUUGUCUGGGGGCACUAAGGAGCCAUCUUGAGAACUCCUCUUUUGGGACCAUAGAAAAUGGCACUUUAUAAUCUAACAUCUAAGGCUUAACUGAAGUGACAGACCUACAAUAUGGCUUCCAGCACUACACUACUUUGGUUUGCGUGUUUUUGUUUUGAAUUGUCAAAAGCUUGGAGUCUUUUUUUUUUAUAAAUUGAUUUUCAUGUAGGAAAUCUCAGUUUCAAUUGCUCAUAUUUAUAUGAUACUAACGCUUCAAUAACAGUUCAAAGAGAUGUGGUGUGACCCUGUUUACUCAUGUUAAUACUGGUUAGUUUAGUUAUUUUGAGAUGUUUGGAUUUUUUUUUGUGACGCCAUUAGAAUGAAAACUGUCUAACAAGGCUCUGAUUAAACCAAUAGUAAAUACCUGUUUCUCUCAGUGUGUGUGUGUGUGUGUGUGUGUGUAGUUGGUACCAGCUAAUCACUGUAAAAGACUGUAUAAUAGGUGCUGAGUGUGUAUUUGCGAGUGAACUGAUUCAAUUGUAAUUUGGGUGUGACCUGAGACAUGUGCAGUUAACAAUCACCUAUCAGUCCUUAGUGGUUGUCAGUAUGUAUCCCAGCAUGCAGCAGGAACAGAGGAACUGACGGAGGCCUUUAGGGGGAGCAGCAGGAUGGCUGGGCUUGGACGCACCAGUCGCUGCCUGAGCCAGAACCUACAGGCUUGAAUAAGCCCACACAAAAAAGCUUCCCCAACUGGGCAGACUGUGGCUGUUGUCCAAAUCUGUUGACAAAAGACAGGACUGAAUACAGGUCUGUUUUUUCACUCUAAACUCACCCUCCCCCUACACACACACACACACA